UUGAAGCAGGUGGGAAAGGAGGAAGGGAGGAGAAGAGUAGAAAGAGGAAGGGUGCACUGCUCGACAGGUGAUGGUGGCGAGGAGGCCACGAGACAGCCUAGCGCUGCUACCAGAAGCAAACUCACCACAGCUCCCACCAUUGUCAUCAUCUGCAGCAGCAGCAGCAACAAUGCCAGCAGCAGCGGAAGCAGCAGCAACAGCAGCAGCAAUGCCAGCAGCAGCAGCAGCAGCAAUGCCAGCAGCAGCAGCAGCAGCAGCAAUGCCAGCAGCAGCAGCAGCAGCAAUGCCAGCAGCAGCAGCAGCAGCAGCAGCAAUGCCAGCAGCAGCAGCAGCAGCAGCAGCAGCAGCAGCAGCAGCAGCAGCAGCAGCAGCAGCAGCAGCAGCAGCAAUGCCAGCAGCAGCAGCAGCAGCAGCAGCAGCAGCAAUGCCAGCAGCAGCAGCAGUAGCAAUGCCAGCAGCAGCAGUAGCAAUGCCAGCAGCAGCAGCAGCAGCAGCAGCAGCAGCAGCAAUGCCAGCAGCAGCAGCAGCAGCAGCAGUUGCAAUGCCAGCAGCAGCAGCAGCAGCAGCAGAAGCAGCAGCAGCAGCAGCAGCAGCAGCAGUUGCAAUGCCAGCAGCAGCAGCAGCAGCAGCAGCAGCAGCAGUUGCAAUGCCAGCAGCAGCAGCAGCAGUUGCAAUGCCAGCAGUAUCACCUUGGAGUAGCUCUCAGUCUGGAGGCGGAGGGGCUGUUCGUUCUGGGCCAAGGGCCCAUUUGGCAACAGCAAUGGCAGUGCCAGUGAGAGCAGCAGCAGCAUCAGCGGCAGGAGAAGCAACAGCAGCACGGAGCAGCAACAGCAGCACAGAGCAGCAACAGCAGCACGGAGCAGCAACAGCAGCACGGAGCAGCAGCAGCAGCAUGGAGCAGCAGCAGCAGCACGGAGCAGCAGCAGCAGCACGGAGCAGCAGCAGCAGCAUGGAGCAGCAGCAGCAGCACGGAGCAGCAGCAGCAGCAUGGAGCAGCAGCAGCAGCACGGAGCAGCAGCAGCAGCACGGAGCAGCAGCAGCAGCACGGAGCAGCAGCAGCAGCACGGAGCAGCAGCAGCAGCACGGAGCAGCAGCAGCAGCAGCAGCACGGAGCAGCAGCAGCAGCACGGAGCAGCAGCAGCAGCAGCACGGAGCAGCAGCAGCAGCACGGAGCAGCAGCACAAGCAGAGGGUCUGAUGGAACACCUUCAAUAAUCCAUCUGGAUUUGGAGCGAGCUCCAGAGGAAACUGGUGCUUGACCCGCCCUCGGAGGCAGCAGGAGCAGCAGGAGCACCAGCACUCCCACGAGCAGAGGGGCUGACGGGACUAGUGACCGGCCCAAGGGUUCGCUUGGAUUUGGAGCGAGCUCCAGAAAAAACUGGGACCGUACUUGAUCCGCCCGCGGCAGCUCCUCUGCCAUAGAGGAAGUGAUUGCAGAGGGGGUAAUGAACAUUCGGUAAAGCUCCUUUCACCAAGUUUUAGAGGGUUAAUAGCAGCUGACCCAUGCCUAUUUCACAGGUUGUUUCGAAAACACUUCAAAUGAACAUGCGGAACCUUC